AUGGACUUAGGACCACCUGGUUUCACGGGACUUCCGGAAGAACUCAUCAUCGCUGUUAUGCAGUACCUCGAGUUGCAGGAUGUCCUUUACCUUCGAGAGUGCUGUCGUAUGCUAUGCAACUUAUCCAAGGAACGAUCCGUUUGGGUCGCUCUUCUGAACCGCUACUACGAGACGUCCUUUCACCAACCUUUUUUGCUGUCCAAGCCGCUUGCCAACUGUACUGCGCUAGACAUCAACAAGCGGAUCAUGCGAAGGUGGACAGGCCUUGACAAACAGGAAUCCCCGAGCUCUCGCCCAGAUGUGUUCACCGUUGGGACUCCACUGCACGGACGGUGCACACACAUGCUUUUCCUUCCGUUUGGCCACUUCUUUGUCUUUCACGACGAGGACGGCGCCGCGCGCGGUUUGGCUUCAAAGUCCUACGUACACCCCCCAGCUCCUCAUACGUUCCCCGUUCCCUCCCAAAUCUACCGGGCCUCCAUUGAAGACCGACUUUUCCCUCGCGCCUUCAACAUGGCAGUCAUCCACCAGCACUAUGACUAG